AUGCCGGCUGCAGCAUUGCCGGCUGCAGCAGCGCAAGCCACAACAGUGCCGCCCACAGCAGCGCCAGAGAGAAUGGCGCCGGUAGCUGCAUGCGCAUCAGCGAACGUUCCAACGUCAGUUGUCGCUGGCACGAAGCAACCCCCGCACUUACGAGACAGUCAUCUGACCGACCGUCGCCCGUCCACUCCCGGUUCCCCUCCCCGCGCGGCAGCAGCAGCAUCACUUCGAGGAGGGGCGGCUGGAGAAGUAAUGGGAGUGGCAGGAGUAGCGGGAGUAGCGGGAGUAGCAGUUUCUGCAAGCGCCGAGGCGGCAGGCUUAUCACAUUCCACCUCGAUAAAGUCCUCCUCGAUAACAGUCCCGCCCGUGAAGCAACCAGCAGCUGCGGCUAUCAGCAGGCCUCCUAUGCGUGUGAGCAGACCGGGUAUAGCGGUGGGUCUAGCAGUGGAUAGGGGGGUAACUGAAAGCGGGCAAGCGGUUGCUGCUGCAGCGCGUGUAUCCAUAACGCCAGUGCUGGCGUCCGCAGUGACUCCUGCUUCUGUGGCAGCAGCAGCAGCAGCAACAGCAGCUUCGGAGCGAACGGGAGUGGGCGGGCACGCGGGAGGGACUUCCGAUAGGAACAGUAUUAGGCUCGCCCCGUCGGUGCCACCGCCUCAGCACCCGCAGCAGCAGGCAGAGCAGCAGCAGCAGCAGUUGCUGCCGCCGCCUCAGCAGCAGCAGCAGCAGCAAGUGAACCAGGGCACUUGGCAUGGUGUACCGGGCUACUCUUCGAAUGUGCCUCCCCCGCUGGAGGUCACGACCGGGUCUGGCGCUGCCCCUAGCAGAGCGGGUAGCGGCGGGAACGGCGGGAACGGCGGUGCUGACGCAGGCGCUGCGGCGGGGCAGGCACCGCAAUCGUCGGAGAAGGGCGGGAAGAAGGACAGGAAACGUGACCGGCAUAAGAAAGCAUCGGACGGGCGGAAUCCGAUGAUCCGGCUGAAUCCUGGAACGGCCGAUCGUUUUUUCGCGAUCCAACGGUUACUAGAGAGUAAGCGCGCGAAGCGAACAUCAGGGUCGUUCGUGAUUAACUGGCUUAUCGAUAUCUCACAUGCGAGCAUUCAGCGGGUGGUGGAGGAUGAGGGGCAGGCGGGGGAGGGGCUUGGGUUCGGCUUGGUGGGAGGGUUCAGUGGAAACCGGGGGGACAUGGAAGCAGAUGAGGAGGACGAAGAGGAGGAAGAAGGGGAGGAUGAGAGUCUGAUUCCCGGAUUUGCAGGGCUGAUUAUGGACCAUGGACAGUCUUUUAUGGACGGGGAUUUUGGGCAGCCAAUGGAGUGGGAUCAGACUUUAUCGCAGCAGAUGUUUUUGCCUGGUCAGCAGCACUCGCAGGCGCAGUGUCAGCCGCAGGUGCUACCCACCCACCUCCCAUCCCAGAAUUCAGAGCACACCACGCCUGCGCUUUUCGCCAUUCGCCGCCGCACAGCAGCAGCAGCACAUGCUCCCUGCUCCCACUUUGUGCAUGCUCGCUUUGACGAGCCGCAUCACUUGAACUGCACCAGCGGCAGCAGCGGCAGCAGCAGCGGGAUUAGCGGCGGCGAUGUCUGUCCGGGCAGCAACGGGCUCUCCGAUAGAGGCAGCUGCGGCGCCGCGAAUGGCGCGGCGGGGAUGGCGCUUCCGCCGUACCCCGCCGGCUGUCGCGGCACUGGUGGCGGUUUCACGUUCGGCGGCUUCGGAGGCAUCUUGGCCGCGUUUCUGAGCUCCACUAGUGAGGCGAUUGGCAGGGCCAGUAGCGGAGCGGGCUACAGCGGGGAUGGAGGUGGAAGCGGGGGUAGGUCAGGAAGCAGUUGGGAUUUAGGAUGGGAUCCCGCUGAAGCAGGAAGCAGCGGCGGCGGCGGCAGCGGCGGCUGGGACGGGGACGGGGGGAUGGGCACCGGUUUAAGCAGCAGCAACAGCACGCUAUUUGUGUUCUCGGACGUGUUUCCACCUGGGUGGCCUUUCUCCCUCCUCACCGGCUGGUCUAUCGCCUUCCUCAUCCUCACGCUCCUCGUCGCAUUCGUCGUCCAUCGCACCGUGCGACACUGGCAGCUGCAGCUGUCCGUCGCACGGCUGAAAGCCGCGGGAUUCCUUCGCCACGCGCUCAUGCGACGCGGCGACAUGCCACUCGCAGACCACUCGUGGUUCGUGGAACCGUCGAAGAACCUUCCUGGCCCGAUCACCUGUUGCGUGUGUAUGGAAGAGAUUGACAAGACGAAGGAGAGAGCGGAUGGGGGGGGAGGGGGAGGGGGAGGGGGAGGGGGAGGGGGAGGGGGAGGGAGCAGCGGGGAGGAAGCAGCGGUAAGAGGGGGAAGCGCAGGAGGGGCGGAGGGACUCGGGUGGAAAAGAAAAGAGGCGGGAGAUUAUCCCGAAGGGUUGGGGAUCGGUUGUGGUAGGUGUGAAGGGGAAGAUGCGGGAAUAGCGGCAACUCCGCUGGGGAGAGCGGGGAAGAGGGGGAGGGGGAGAGGGGGGCGGUCGGGGAGGUGGCGGAACCUGGCGGAGGAAGGCGAGGGGAAGGGGGAGGGGAAAGGGGGAGGGCGGGGAACGGUGGGAGCUGGCUUAGGCGCGGCGGACACCCAUGGAGGGGCGAAUCAGGAGGAAGGCAGCGGAGGGGGAGGGGCAUGCGGAGGGGCAGGCGGAGUGGGAGGCGGAGGGGGAGGCGGAGGGGGAGGGGGAGGGGGAGGCGGAGGGGGAGGGGGAGUGGAUCGGUGCUCCGUGUGCGGAGUGACGGCGCACGAGGAGUGCGUGGGCGCGGCGAGCCGCGACUGCAAGCGCGUGGCGAUGACGGGGCGCAGCGUGGCGCACCAGUGGGUGGAGGCGAGUCAGAUCAAGAUUGAAGAGGACCGGCACGAUGAGGACCUCGUGUGCAUGCUGUGCGAUGAAGAGGUGAAGUCUGUGUUCAGCACGGGCAAGCCCGUGUGGCGCUGUGUGUGGUGUCAGCGGCUAGUCCACGUGUUCUGCCGUCCGGCAGUCAUGAAAGCCGGCGAGGACCCCUGCGACUUUGGCGCCCUGCGCCGCUCCAUCGUCUCCCCUCUCUGCGUGCGAGAGAGAGGCGCGGUUGGGAUCAGCAGCAGCGGCGGCGGCGGUUUCGGUGCUGCUGCCGGUGCUGGUGGUGGUGGUGGUGGGGUAGGGGGAGGAGGAGGAGGGGGGGGAUCUGCUUUUGGGUAUAGUCCUGCGGCCGCUGCUUCGGGCAUGCGGGAUUUGAUUUCCUCCUGGCGGCAGAACGCGGGGGAGCUUGCGAGUAAUGUGAACCGGUCGAUCAGGAAACGGGCCAAGAGACACGCGAAGAGAGUGGCCAGUUCUGUUGACUUGCUGAAUGGAAACGGGAACGGGGCCGGGCAUGGGAACGGGAAUGGGAAUGGGAAUGGGAAUGGGAAUGGGAAUGGAAAUGGGAACGCACAUGGACAUGGGAGUGGCACUGGGGAUGGAGGGGUGAUGGGUCAGGGUGGGGGAGGAGCAGGAGGGGCGGAUUUUCCAGAAGGGGAGGCCAUGCUGUUAACGAAUGGGCUUAUAAGCGGGUUUGAUGGGGGUCUUCCGUCUUCACCUAGUGGGUCGUCGGUGGGUGGUGGCGGGGAGUGGGUGCAGCAGGAACAGCAGCACAACCGUCAGCAGCGGCAGCAGCAGCAGUUGGUGCAGCAGCAGCAGCAGCUGCAGUACGAGAUAGUGAAUCUGCCAGCAGACGCGCGGCCGCUGCUGGUGUUUGUGAACAAGCGCAGCGGGGCGCAGCACGGCUCUGCGCUCAAGCGCCGCUUCAGCAUGCUUCUCAACCCCAUUCAGGUGGUGGAGCUAUCCAAGGACCGGGGUCCCGAGUACGGGCUGUCUCUGUUUGACCACGUGCCCAACUUCCGGGUGCUGGUGUGCGGGGGUGAUGGCACGGUGGGGUGGGUGCUGGGCGCGAUAGAGAAGCGCGGGUACGACAUCCCCCCGCCCGUUGCCGUGCUGCCCAUAGGCACCGGGAACGACCUUGCCCGCGUGCUGGGAUGGGGAGGCGGGUUCGGCGCUGUGGAGCGGCAGGUGGGUGGGAGAGCGAGAGCGAGAGGGCGUUGGGGUUGGUGUGAUGGGGAGUGUCAUGGUUGGCGGGUUAGGGAGAGAGGAAGAGACAGGGUGCUCGUGUGCGGAGGUGACGGCACGGUGGGGUGGGUGCUGGGCGCGAUAGAGAAGCGCGGGUACGACAUCCCGCCGCCCGUUGCCGUGCUGCCCAUAGGCACCGGGAACGACCUUGCCCGCGUGUUGGGCUGGGGCGGCGGGUUCGGAGCGGUGGAGCGACAGAUUCACAUGCUGCUGCUGCUUCCCCUCUCCACGCUCCCCCCCCCCUCGCCGCUCCCCACUACGCCCUUCCUCCUGCCACCCAAUACUGCUACCCUGCAGGGUGGGCUGUUGUCUGUGCUGCUGAACAUAGAGAACGCGCCUGUUGCCAUUCUGGACCGAUGGGCUGUCACCUUCCACCCCGCUGCUGGCUCUGCUGCCGCUGCUGCUGCCCCGGCAUCGGUGCCCUUCUCAAGCCUUUGCAUCCUGCCACCCAAUACCAUUCCCACCUUGCAGGGCGGGCUGCUGUCGGUGCUGCUGAACAUAGAGAAUGCGCCUAUUGCCAUUCUGGACAGAUGGGCUGUCACCUUCCACCCCGCUGCUGGCUCUGCUGCCGCUGACGCUGCUGCCCCCAGCAUCACUGCCUCUUCUCAAGCCUUCGCGUCUGCUGCUGCUGCCUCAGCUCACGCUGCUGCUGCUGCGGGGCAGGCAGGGGGGAAGGGGAAGGAGAGGGAGAAAGGGAAGGAGAGGGAGAAGGGGAAGGAGAAGGGGAAGGAGGAGGGGAGGGAGGAUUCUCCACAGCCCAAGUAUUUGAACAAUUAUCUGGGUGUGGGGUGCGAUGCCAAGGUGGCUCUGGAGAUUCAUCUCCUAAGGGAGGAGAAUCCCGAGAUGUUCUACAACCAGUUCCUCAACAAGGUGCUGUAUGCCACAGAGGGUGCGAGGGACUUUGUGGACCGCAGCUGCAGCAACCUGCCGUGGCACGUGCGCGUGGAGAUUGAUGGCCGCGAGGUCGCCAUUCCAGAGGAACUGGAAGGAGUGUUGGUGCUGAACAUCGGCAGCUACAUGGGAGGCGUGGACCUGUGGCAGAACGAGGAGGAGCUGGAUGACGGCCUGGCACCGCAGCUCAUGCACGACCGCCAGGUGGAGGUGGUGGGCAUCUGCGGCGCCUGGCACCUGGGCAAGCUGCAGGUCGGCUUGUCGCGCGCCAUUCGCCUGGGCCAAGGGCGCUCGGUGCGAAUACACACGUCCGUGACCUUCCCCGUGCAGAUUGACGGAGAGCCAUGGCUGCAGGCGCCUGCCACCAUCCACAUCGCGCACCACUCCCAGGCGUUCAUGCUGAGGAGGACGGAGGGGGAGCCGGUGGGGCAUGCAGCAGCGGUGUUGAGCGAGGCAGUGGAUGCACUCACAGCCAGGGGCGUCAUCACCGCCGCUCAGAAGCGAGCGCUGCUGCAGGAGGUGGCGCUGCGACUGCAGUGA